AUGCGUCUCUGUACAGCAGUGAUCUUAAUCCUAGCACUGUGUCAGGCGGGAUCCUCAGACAGACUGAAGGUGUUUGGGAAUCUGCAUGAGACGUCGUCCCUCCCCUGUCCCAAGAUGUGCUCUGGUCAACUCACCUGGACCAGGUUUCAGAAGCAGGACGACGUCCUGGUCAGGUGUACCAGAGACUCGUGCUGGAGUAAAGACGGGUUUAGUCUUCCUCUCGAGCAGUUCCUCAGUGGAGACUCCACCCUGACGGUGCUGAGAGCCGAUUACAGCCUGCGAGGUCUCUACAUGGCCGAGUGUGACUCUGAGACGGUGUGUGAGGUCGUCUUUACUCUGUCCCCUGUAGAGAUGAGGCGUGUGAUUUCCCCUGGAGAGCCCAUAGACGUGCCCUUACCCCUCACUGACAUGGUGGGGGUGAAUUUUAAUGCCAGAGACACUGUAAAGCCAUCAAGCCUGCGGAUCUGCACCGUGAAUAACGAGAGGACACGCUGCAGUCCAGAUUAUGAAGAGAGAACGUCUCGUCUCAACACUCUUCAGAUCCAAGGGGGAAAUUCCUCUGACAGCGGGAUCUACACAGUACAAGACCUGGUGAAUGACGAGACUCUGGCCAUCAUACACGUCAGUGUGAAAGGGUCUAAAGCAGAUGAGCAGCGUUCUGGAGCCGCACCCGUGUCCCAGAAUCACAAUGUCAGACGCAGAAGUGUUCACUCUGAGGAGAAGCAGUGUCCAGACAUUGAACAGGAGAGAUCUAUGACACCGUGGGUGAUUGCACUGGUGAUUCUGCUCAUUCUAUCAGUGUUAAUGAAUUUUUAUCUGUGGAACAAAAAAAUAGAUUUAUAAACAAACAAUCUCCACACAGCAGAAAGCAAAAGAUGGAGUGAAUGGACAAAACCAGUCUCAUGCAGGAGAGGUUGAGGUCUCAGUACUCACACUCCUCUCACGGACCAGCAGCUCUGAGAAACCAGCACAGAUAUAAUGCCUUCUGCUUAGCUGAGCCCCCUUAUACAGCUACACUCCCAGCCAUUUUAGGCAAAACAUUCCCAUACACUCUACCAGUUAACAUCAUCAAUAUCCUAAACCCAUCCCUCCUUAAAACCCACCCCACAGCACCCCUCAUGGUGUGGGUAUUCACUCAGUGACUAAGUGGAAUAUGACAUCCAGUGUAGCUAUGCAGAAGAGAAAUUCUGAAUUCUUCAUGCGUACUGUCCCAGCUUGAACUUGUGAUGAGUGUGUGCCCAAAUCUUUUCACUCCUCGCUCACUCUGCAGGUGUGUGAAGGGGCGGGGCUGCUAGAUUAGGCUGGCAAGGAAUAAGUAAAUCUGCAGCUCACACCAGGUUUUAAAAGAGAGGUGGGGAGCUUUGUCCAGAGUCCAGAGUGACAGUUUAAGGCUUAGAGCCUGAAGUUGUGCGGUAAUAGCUAAGGGUGAAAGCGCCAUGCAGGCGGGGAGAUGAUAUUCACCCCUAGAACUUCAAAGAAAACUGAAGGCUGCGGUGCUCCUGCCAUACUUUCUGCGUCAAGUACCAGCUUUCGUGAUCCAACCACUGACAGGGAAAAGGUCUCUGUGUUUGGUCAGGGAUGACUGGAUGAGAGACUGGAUGACUGGAGAGUAAAGUCAAAGGUGAGCACACAAUGCUGUUGUUGCAUUAGCCUGUGCAUGCUACACUGUCCUUUCACCUGUUUAAGCUCAGUGCAUGAAGGCGAGUGGACUGAGUGAAGUAGACUGAGUCCCGCCAUGUCACCUGUUCCUGCUUACUUCACAAAGUC